AUGUGUGAAGAAUCUGUCGAACAUCUAUUUCUUUCAUGUGAUGUGGCUCAACAUUUAUGGCGUUCUUCUCCUUGGGGUAUCUAUCCGGUCUGUGACACGGGUAUUCGUGUCUGGGAUUGGGUCAAGUUCAUCUGGGAUCUUAAAUACAAAGGAGCUAAUGUUGAUGAUAUUUUCUUGUAUGCUUCUAUUAUUGUGGAUACUAUAUGGAGGGUGCGUAAUGACAAGAUCCAUAAUAACUGCUCUGUUGAUUUUAACAAAUGCUUUGAUAUUAUUUGUACUUCCUAUGCAGAUAUGUAUGAUUCCUUGCUCUCCAGUCCGACUCCUGCUUUACCAAAUGCCUGGUCCCUUCCUCCUCUGGACUGGGUUAAGCUCAAUUGCGAUGUGAAAGUGGGUUUGGAGAGUAUGUGUAUUGCUGUUGUGGCUAGAGAUCAUAUGGGCAGAGUGAUUAGAGUUCAUACAGCUCGGGAGGAGUUCUCGGAUGCUCUGUGUGGUGAAGCCGCGACUUGCUGCUUGGCUGUGUCAAUUGCUUUGGAUUCCGGCUACAAGUUUGUUAUUGUGGAGAAUGAUUCGAGAGUGGUUAUCGACGCCAUCAAUGGGAAGGGAUCUCGUUGGGCUUUAGAGAACUAUAUCUCAUUUUGUACUAAGUCAUCUCCUUUAUUUAAUAGUUGUAAUUUCUCUUAUGUCAGUAGAACAUGUAAUUUUGCCGCUCAUAAUGUGGCUAGAUGGGCCUUCUCCCAUCAGAUGUAUGGUUCCCUACCGGUCUCUUCUAUACCGGAAACUCUAUUUUGUAACGACUGUGAGGUCUAA